AUGUCUGAACUGAAAUAUCACAAGCUCGCCAUGUUUCUUCUCAUCUUCUACAUUCCUUUGAUUAUCAUACCGUGGGCUUUGACUUGCGUAAUGGCUAAACGACCACUGAGCGCCUCCUCCUACUACAAUCAACACGGUCUCUCGGACCUGGACAUUGAUCGCAUCGAAAAAUGGGCAAUUAGUGUAAAUGUCUUGAACUCGAUUGGUAGCCUUAUCACCAUCCCGGUCUUGUCUACUCUGAUAGCUCAGGUCGCAGUAGUCUACAGCCAUCAGCACCACAAGGACUCAGAUUAUCGCCUUCAAUACCUUGUUGCGUUUGCGGAUCGCGGCUGGACCGAUGCUUUCACUUUGUUCAAGUCUUGGAAGUGGCCAGGUGGCAUGUCUAAUGGCGCUCGAAAUUUAUUGUUCUUUGCUGCGCUUACGAUCAUCAUAGGAUCCAUACAGCAGCCUCUGUAUCAAAUUCUGGUGCCCAUGGAAAACAUCCUCGUUCCCACCUGUCACGACACCGGCUACAUGGGAUAUCUGAUAUACCAGCGUUUCUUGCUACAAUCUGAGUGCUCUCGAAAGGUUCUGCCAGCAAAGGAGAUUGGUUGGGAUAUGGAACCGACGCAGAUGGCUCUGACGUACCAAUACGAAAUCUUUCCGCAAUUGGUUGGCGAACUUGCGGUCGCGUCGCUGGAUGACGUUAAACCAAAUUUGUGGAACAAUGCGUCCGACUCCGCUGCGAACAAAUUGUUGCUUCGAGAUCAUGAAAGCGGCGCUUUUGUAGCGGCGCUUGAACAAGGAACUUCAACUGGAGUGUUGCGACAACACAUUAUGCGUCUCAACUCUUCAGUGGAGUGCCAACGCAUUCAACGCGCCGCAUUUCCAUCACCGUGUCCAGGAGAGCGCCCAUUCACAAGAGCAUUUUCCCAUGGCAAUAAUAUGACUCGCAUCUGUACACCUAGAUCGCGUGGAUUAUCACCGUGGACCAUGUCACGGAGCAGGCAAGAUAUAGUAGAAGGGCUCUACAUUGACAUCCUAGAGCAGUUGGAGAUUGGUGACCGCGCCUUGUAG